AUGAGCUUACGCAGAUUUCCGUGGAAACAACCGCGAGUUAGCGACAACUCUUACAGACUCUUCGUAUCAACACCAACACCCGGUACACCCGUGCCAGAUGCUGAUCCGAAACGGCAUCGACCCGUCAAAUCAGCACCGAAUCUGACAAUUGCUGCCCAUGAGGAGCAAUCUUCACACACGCCGCGGACUAGCGAGGGCCGCCCGACCAUGGAGACGCCGCCGCGAUCUCCGGUAAAGCCAGUUCACCAAGAGGAAAACCGGCCGCCGGACGGUCCGCAGGACAAGCCAGCAGCAACCAAUUGCGACAACAAGCCAAAUGGCGGCAACAAACCUACCCGCACCACAAGCAAGGAGGCUCCUCCGCUCCCACCAGGCUCGGCGCAACAGUCUGCUCAACGCCAAGAAGUCAUCAAGGGGCCUUGGAGGCUCCUCCGGCUCCUCCCUCGCGAGAGUCGCUACAUAAUCGGUCGCAUGCUCAAAGUUAGCGUCAAAGACCGAGCGAGCCUCGACGACGUGUUGACGGACGAAUGGGUUCGGAACAUCAAGGCGUGUCAACAGGAAGUCUCCGGAGUGGUGAUUAGGGCCGAAGGUCACACACACGUCCUGGAGCCUCCUGCUCCCAGUGUACCGGUUGCCAGUAAGGCCAAAUAA